CCAUUCAGCGACCUUCCUACCGAGAUUAUCUUGACCAUCUGCAAAGACGCAGCCCAACCGACGUUUUCUCAAAGGGAGAAAUAUGACAUGAAAAAUCCUUACUCAACCGCCCUCUCCUUAUGUCUCGUCUCUCGACUUGUCAGACGCAUCAUCCUCCCCGAUUUCCUGCACACGAUCUUGCUCCGCCGACAUCACAGCUUGAAGAAGUUCGCAAAUGCUCUGUUUAUUCAGAAAGCGUACGCUGAGAAAGAAAGCGAUCUUUUCUUUGACUAUACCUCCGCUAUACAGAGGAUGUGGAUUAGUAACUCAUUUGACUAUUUCGUCUAUGCAGAGGCCCGCCCGCCGAACAACUCCAGCUUUCUCUUCUCUUUGGCCAAAUAUUUUUGCUCAAAAACGGAUGAGCUCAGGCGCAACAUAAGCGUGUUGCUUCCAGUGAUCCUUGCUGUGCCAGAACUUGCGGUUGACCGUGACCAUUUAGGGUAUAUCAUGAAGAGCGUGCAAGAUGCGUGGUCUUCUCGCACAGAUCUCAAUGUCGGCGGACACUCUUCUUUUCCUGGGAAAACCAAAAAUCUAACAAUAAUACGUCAAGGCGAUUACUUGGACACCUGGACAGGCUGGAACCCGGAAUUGUUUUCCGAUCGGGUCAAAGAAUCUGUUUUCCUUGCAUCAAUCCCGCAUCUCACUCACCUAAUC